GCCGGGUCCCAGUCCUCAGGCAGGAGUCUCGCGGCCACAGCAAAGCCCCCUCGGAGGCGGCCGGACAGAGCCCUGACCGUCGGACUGACGACGGAGUCCCAGAGAGCAGGGCGGAUGGACACCUUCAGCACCAAGAGCCUGGCCCUCCAGGCCCAGAAGAAGCUCCUGAGCAAGAUGGCAUCCAGGGCGGUGGCGGCCGCGUUCAUCGACGACACCAGCAGCGAGGUGCUGGACGAGCUGUACCGCGCCACCAAGGAGUUCACCCGCAGCCGCAAGGAGGCCCAGAAGGUGGUCAAGAACCUGGUCAAGGUGGCCGUGAAGCUGGGCGUCCUGCUGCGCAGCGGGCAGCUGGGCGGCGAGGAGCUGGCGCGGCUGCAGCGCUUCCGGCAGCAGGCGCGCCGCCUGGCCAUGACCGCUGUCAGCUUCCACCAGGUGGACUUCACCUUCGACCGGCGCGUCCUGGCCGCCGCCCUGCUCGAGUGCCGGGACCUGCUGCACCAGGCGGCGGGCGCGCACCUGACUGCCAAGUCCCACGGCCGCAUCAACCACGUGUUCGGCCACUUGGCUGACUGCGACUUCCUCGCCACGCUCUACGGCCCGGCUGAGCCCUACCGCUCCCACCUGCACAGGAUCUGCGAGGGUCUCACCCGGCUGCUGGAUGAGGAGAGCAUAUGACCUCCGACCUGACCUCCGACCUCCUUGCUCCCGCGUCACGCUGGGGGCGGGGCUUGCGGGGGCGGUUUUAACCUCUUUUUUCCCAGUCUGACUCUGGCCCAAACCACGCCCCCACCACACACGCACACGCACACACAUGCACGCACGCACGCACACGCCUCUGCAGCUCUAAAGACCCAGGUACACACACACGUACACACACACACACACGCCUCUGCAGCUCUAAGGACCCAGGUCGACACACACACACACACACACACACACACACACACGCCUCUGCAGCUCUAAGGACCCAGGUCCACACACACACACACGCCUCUGCAGCUCUAAGGACCCAGGUCACCUCUCCUCCUCCGGCCCAGUCUCCGUGGGGAGAGGAACUCAGCGUGGAGCCCGGCAUGGCCUGCCUGUGCCAGCGGCCUCCCGGGGCACUUGGAGACCACUGUCUUCUCCGGCGCACCGUCUGCACAAUAACCCUUGAGCCACCGGUCUGAACCCCUCAAAUCACUUGGUGUCUCUGACAGCUGGCAGUUUCCCACUUCAUAAUGUUGCCUGGGCUUUUGCAUUCCCGCAGAGAGGGUCAUGGGGAACCAGGAGAAAGGGAGUAUUACACAGUGAGCUAUUCCCCCGCCCCAAGUUCCUCGAAGUCCUAAGCCCCAGGGCCUCUGAAUAUGACCUUAUUUAGAAAUAGGGUGAUUACAGAUGUAAUUAGUUGAGUUCAUACUGGAGCGGGGGUGGCAAAUCCACUCUGAGUGGUGUGCUUAUGAGAAGGGGACAUUUGGACACAGACUCAGAGGACAAUGCUAUAUGAAGGUGGCGGUAGAGACUGGGGGGAGGUGUCUGCACGACAAGGAACACCAAGGACUGCCAGCCACCACCAGAAGCUGGGAGAGAGCCUGGAACAGCCCUCAGAGGGAACCAGCCCCGCCGACCCCUUGAUCUCAGGCCUCCAGAGGUGAGAGCAAACAAGCUUCUGUUGUUUCAGCCUCCCAGGCUGGGGUACUUUGUUCCGCAGACCAGGAAAUGGGCCCUGGGAGCCACGCGAGGGCCGCAGUGGGUGCAGGUGUGUCAGUGAGGACGCCUCCUCCCUCUGGUCGGCGUCGUGGCCCAGACUCCCACGUCGGAGAGGAACGGAGUGCGCCCCCGAUGCAGGGCGUCAGGGGAAAGCUGUCUGAGAUAAGUGCAUGUAUUUAAAUGAUGAUUUCAUAUUUGGAAAACAAACACACAAAUAAUUGUUUUUAUAAGACAGGCCUCAGAAACUGCUCAACAACUCUUGACUUUGGUGACGCUGGUGCGGCGAUUCUUAACUUGGGGCAUGGAUGGACACGUUGGGGUGUGGGAGCGUAUUUGUGAUUUGUCAGAAGUGGGCAUGGGUUUUAAAAGACUGCGAAACCCGGCUGCAGGUCUGGCCAUGUCAGGGCCGGGAAGGUUAUUUUGGGCACUCGGGGGGAGGGGGGGAACGAUGUCUAUUUUUGCAGAACCUGGUCUGUUUAGGGCAAAGACUGCAAACAGGAGGCCUGCAGGCCUUAUUAGGCAAGGAGAUGGGUUUGCUUAGCCCCAUCCAGUGUUUGAGACAUUUGGAAUUAGUUGCCAACACUUAAAACCAAGGAAAUUGCACGUCCCGAUCUUGAUCUUGGCAUUUCUCUAGAAAACGCGCCUGCACUGCCCAGUGGUGAAGCUGCAUAGAGGUUGCCUGUCUUUGCCACAGUCCCCACCACUCCCUUUUGCCUCUCCACGGCAUGCGGGGCUGGCUGAUAGAUUGGGACCCCAGAUUCAGGGCAGCAUUUCUCUGUUUGGUUUCUGCUGCUCUGAAAAAGUCAAAGGCUUUCACUCAGGAGCCAGCUGUUCCUACCUCUGCCCUCCCUCCACUUCCAAGGCAAACUUUCCCUCUUAUCUUGGGUCAAAAGACAUCUUCAAAUGAACAAUCGUGCAUUUUGAUUACGCCGAGAAGCCCCACAUGAAAUCCUUUGCCCUCUGCUCUGCUGGCAUAUAUCCAUGUGAUAAGGCUUUGUACCUGUCUGGACUCUUUUCAUACACUUGAGAUUUAAUUUAAAAAAACCAAAGAGCGCUACAAAACUAUGUAAAUAAAAGCAUCUGACAGUUUGCUCUCACCCACCUAGGGUUUUGCCUUUUGAAUCAAGGUUGCACAUAAACGUCACACACCCGCAGCCUGUUGGCAGGUUUGAUUCCCGCUGCGUUGGAUGACAGACUAGCAGACUAGCAGGGGUGGCAGAGCUUGGCUUCUGCAGCCCAAACAGGGCUCAGUCCAGCUCCUCAUCAUGACCAAAGGUCCUGGGGCCGGGCAGCUUCGCUCACCAGAAAGCUCCAUAAAGGCACAUGCACACAUCACAUGGAGUAAAGGGGAAGCUUCUCUGUGUCCAGAGGUGCCCUGCUGUGUCCCAGCACAUUGCACCUACCGCUCUGCAUCCCUGCUGGCGCCCAGUACUUGGAAGUGGUAAGUGACUCCAGGCUGACCAUAGAAGAAUCAAUAUGCCUCUCAGCCAGGGUCUGGCCCUCACGCGCCUCAGGGCCCAGGGUGCACCAUUGUCUCCGCCUGUGUCCAGCUGCCUGGUUUUUGCAGGAGGCCCUGGGCAAUCAUCUCCUGGGCCCUGUUGAGAACUGCAGGUCGCCGUGCUCGCUGGAGCGAGCCUCCCCGAGGACGUAUGUGCCUCCAGAGCUGCUCACGAGGUGUGGUGCAGAUCGUGUGCGCUUGACCACUGAGGCUGCUGGUGCCCCGCCCCUGCCCCGAGUACCGUGGGCCCAAGGUCCCCCUCGGUGAUUCUGAGAACAGCUGUUCAUCUUGCUCGCGCCUCUCUCUGGAGCCAUUCCUACACCAGCACCGCUGAGGCCCGGGGCAGGCGGGGUCACAGCAGCACCGGGCUCCUGGGUGGCAUGAGGGAUGGCCAGGUGAGUGACAGGAACAGAGAGGCCUCAGUCGACCCAACGUGGUGAUUCUGAUCAUCAAGGACCCGCUUCAUGGCUGCACGGUUUCUUUCCUCACAGUCAAGAGGUCAGGGUGACAGUCCAGUGGGGGUCAGAUCCCAGGCCCUGCUGUUGGGAGACCAGGCUCCCCUGAGUGGCUGAGGCCUUUGGGGCUACCGUUUAUUUAUUUUGGUUUGCUUGCGGGUUUUUGUUUCUUUUUUAAAGUCACCGAGCUGCAAUCCGACCUCAAAAAAAAUAAGCAGAGCCAACCACAGGAUGCAGAAGAGCAGGUCUGCCCUGGAGCGCUCACCCUCUGCUGGGCAUGGCCCCAUGGGCUCGGUGAGGUCCAGCUGCCUCGGGACCGGCAAGUCUGCGCCUGCAGAAAAGGCCCUGUGCCCAGGG